AUGUCGAUCGAUCCUGCCGUUCCUGUUGCAUCUUUUGCGUGGGAUGUCUUGAAGUGGGUGGUUGUUCCCAUCAAGCGUCAAUUCGGAUACGUGAUCUCCUCCAAGAGCUACGCCCAGGAUCUUCAGGAGGAAGUCGAGAAGCUGGCGUACGAGGCUGAUAUGGUCCACAAUGACGUAGAAGCGGCCAGAAACAAUGGCCGGGAGGUCUACAGUCAUGUCACGGAGUGGCAGGCAAAGGCUGAGAAGGCCUUGAAGGAGGCGGGAGACCUGUUGGGCGACUUCGAAAAGGAGAACAAGACUUGUUGCUACGGGAGUCUUCCCGAACCCUGUUGUCGCUAUCAGUUCAGCAGGAAGGCCAAGGACAAGAUCGAGGUCAUUCGGCGACUCACUGGAGAAUGGAGUGAAUUCAGGGACAUCUCCUUCAUCGAUCCUGCUCCGGGGACUCCGCCCAGGAGAGAAGGCGAACAUGUCGUCCAGUUGACCACCCCCGUGACGGCCUCUGUUUUUCCUGCCUUGACGUCGGUUAAGCUUAGGGAUGAUGGCGUCUUCAAAUCCAGAGCUUUGAUGAUACGGAAAAUCAUGGACGCUCUUGCCGAUAACAGCAAUAGUGUGGUCGGGGUUUACGGGAUGGGCGGGGUCGGCAAGUCCACCCUUUUGGAGGAUGUCAAAAGGAUACUAAUCGAAGAGAGGUCGUUUGAUUGGGUCGCUAAGGCUGACGUGUCAAUAAAUCCAAACAUCGAGACGAUUCAAGGAGAGAUUGCGCACGGCUUGAAACUUACUGACAUAGAGAGCACAAAGAAUAUCAACGUGCGAGCGGAGCUUCUGCGCCACAGGUUGGAUAAGGAGGGGAGGGAGAAGAAGAAGGUGCUGAUAAUACUGGACAACCUUUGGGAGAAGCUGGACUUGAAAUCAGUCGGCAUUCGUUGCGGACAUGACAACAAAGCCAUAGGAUGCAAGUUGUUGUUGACGUCGAGAGAUCAACAUCUUUUGCAAAGGGAAAUGGGCUGCGACAGGGAGUUCCCCCUUCGUGGGCUGGAGAAGGAAGAGGCAAGAGCUUUGUUUGAGAGAACGGUGGGAGACAAAGUUCACGAUAACGAGUUCAAGCCCUGGGUGGAAGUAGCACUCCACAGAUGUGCAGGUGUGCCUUUCCUAAUUGUUGCAAUGGCAAAACGUUUUAAAAAAGCCGAAUUAUUUGAAUGGAAGGACGCUUUGAGAAACAUGGAGAAGUUUAACCAUGAAGAAAUCAAUGCUUUGAUAGAUGGCAUGCUGAAAUGGAGUUAUGAUAAAUUAAAAGAUGAGGAGAAGAAAUUAUUACGACUCUGUGUUGUCUGUGGCGUCUCGAAGCCUUCUCUUGAAUACUUGGUGAGGUACGGCUUCGGUUUGGGGAUAUUUCGAGGAGUUGGAAGCAUGGAAGCAGCUGGAGAUAGGUUGCGCACACAUAUCCGCGCUCUUCAGGCCUCUGCCCUUUUGUUAGACAGCGAAGACGUUGGUGGUUUCAAGAUCCAUGACUUGGUUCGCAAGUUUGUUGCCUUGGUCUCUUCGAGAGAUCAUCACCCUCUUCUUGUGUUGGAAGAUAAAGUUAAGUCAGUAACAGAAUUGCCGGAGGAUGAGCUCGAAAGCUGUGAGGCUAUGUGCUUUCCCAACAUGAAGGAGCUUCCGUCAGAAUUAAAUUGCCCCAAACUGCGCAUCCUUUUGAUGUCCACAAACGACGCUUCUCUUCAUAUCCCAGAUUCAUAUUUCAACUCUAUGAGAAAUCUCAUGGUCUUAAAUCUUGCCAGAGUACGUCUCACUUGCUCCCCUUCGCCGUUUCAAUUAUUGGCAAACGUACACACCCUGUGUUUUCAGAAUUGUUCAUUUGAGGAUGUGGCCAUUCUUGGCAAUCUAAAAAGGUUACAGAUUCUCAGCAUUGUGAACUCAAAAAUUCAGCGAUUGCCGAAAGAAAUUGGGCAACUGGUAGAACUCAGGUCGUUAGACUUGAGCGAUUGUCCAGAACUUGAGAUUAUUGAACCGGGUGUACUUCAAAGCUUGACCAACUUAGAGGAGUUGUACUUGAAGCAAAGCUUUCAUCAUUGGAGUGCAGGGGAGCAAACUCAACCAACUAAUGCAAGUCUGAGUGAGUUGAAUCACAUGAAGAAGCUAUGCACUCUGCAUGUGUCCAUUCCUGAUCCGAGGGUGCUCCCAGACGAUCUAUACGUCGAGAAAUUAACCAAGUAUGAAAUCCGAAUAGGUAAAGAGUGGCGCCGGUGGGAAGAGUGGCGCCAGUGGGAGGAGUGGGAGGAGUGGAAGGAUUGCAAUGGAUCGAGGACAUUGGAGCUCAAGUUGGAUCCAUUCAGAGAUGUUCUUCGAAAAGAGUGCAUAAAAAGUAUCUUGGACAAAACUAACGAUCUGCUUUUGGACCAGUUGGAUGGAAGCGAGCAAAGUAUUUGUGCGUUAUCUCGAAAAGGUUUUCCAGAAUUAAAGCAUCUACAGGUCAAGAAUAGUCCCUCCGUCUGUUACAUCCUCGAGUGGCCUUCCCUUCCUGCUUUGGAGACGUUACUUCUCAAGAAUCUAAUCAACUUGGAGAAGAUAUACCACAACCAUAUAUCCAUCGAGUCCUUCAGUACAUUAAAAGAAGUACGAGUUGACAGUUGCGACAAGAUGGAAGUUCUAUUUCCUCGUUCAGUGGUGAGACAACUUUCACAUUUAGAAAAGAUCAAAGUUCGCAGAUGCAAAUUAAUGCGGGGGAUUGUAGAAGCUGAUGAUGAUCGUGGUAAACUUGAGUUUCCUAAGUUGCGUGUAUUGGAAUUGUGUGACUUGCCAAAUAUCGCUAAUUUUUUCUCCGCUGGGUCGUCUCCUUCGAGGAGUACAUCAGACGACCAAGUGGGCACUCAAAUUGCGUUCCUCAACGGAGAACAGGUUGCCUUUCCAAGUUUGGCGACAUUAACAUUCCGGGACUUGGACAACGUUGGGUUCAUGUUUUCCCCAUCCAUGGUUAAAUCCCUCGCACAACCGAGAAAUCUAACUGUAGGGUUUUGCAAGAAGAUGGAGGCAAUCAUUACGGAGGAAGAAGGAUUGGGAGUGGAAAUAUCAGAAACUCUGUCAUUCCCGAUGUUAACCAAUUUAUCCUUAUCAUAUUUGGGAAGUUUAACGCGUUUCUCUAACAGUUCACAAGAAACUCAAAGUCCGGACCACGUCAAAUCACGCUGCUCUGCACUCUUCACUCAAGAGGUUGCUUUGCCUAGCUUGGAGAAAUUAUGUAUCACCGGCUUGGAUAACAUCCAGAUGAUAUGGGACAAUCAAGUUGUUGUGGAAUCUUUCCCCAAGCUAAAAUCGCUUUAUGUGGAUGAAUGCAAUAAGUUUGUGACCGUUGUUCCUUCUUUCGUUCUGGGACAGCUCAAGAGCCUGGAAAGUUUGGAGGCAAAAGCAUGUGUUUCACUUGAAGUUGUUUUUGAACUUCAGCCACUAAUUCCUCUAGAUGGGCAUCCUGUUGCUCUUCCGUUAAGAGAGCUAACAAUAUCGGGAUUACCAAAGCUAAAGUGUGUAUGGGAUAAGGAACUCCACCGUCAAGUUAAAUUCCAGCGUCUACGUUCUGUUAGCGUUUCCAAAUGCAAUAGCCUGACCUCUCUAUUUCUAGCCUCGGUAACCGGAGAUCUAAUCCAACUUGAGGAGUUGGUGAUCCAUGAAUGUGGCAUUGCGGAACUCAUCGAGGAGGAGGAAGAACUACUAGUUCCCGGGUUUGAAUUCCCAAAGUUGACCUCCCUCCGGCUUGAGCAUCCGACAAAGUUGAAGUGCCUCUAUAAUGGAACACACACAUCCCAUUGGCCAACAUUGAAGACCUUGAAGAUGGACGACCGUAGCAAAGUGGGGAUACUUGCUUCCCAAACCGAGAAUGAGAUACCACGUCAUAAACAACCUCUCUUCUUAAUAGAAAAGGGCGCAUUCCCUAAUCUUGAAGAGUUGGAAUUGGAUUUAUGCGAACGGAUGGAGAUAUGGCAUGGGGAUUUUCAUGAUGAAGAAUUCUUACGCAAGCUUAGAGUUCUUGAGCUUCGUCAUCUCUCGAAGGAAUCUGCAACAUCCACAAGUCGUUUUAUUGAGAAUUUAACCAACUUGGAAGAGCUAGUCGUACGUGAAUCUUAUCUAGAAGAGCCAAGCAGCAAUGUGGAAGCCAUGGAAGGCCCUAGUCAAGAGCAAAAAGUAAUAUUACCCUUUUCAAGACAAAUUAAACAUCCGAAGGCUCUAAAUGUGUCAGAUUGUGAUGGGUUAUCAAGUAUGUUUACAUCGACAACAGCUGAAAAUUUGGUGGCUCUCACAAAAUUGAGGAUAAGUAAUUGUAGGAUAUUGACAGAAGUUAUUAGUGAAAAUGGAAGUAAGGAGGAGCAUGAAGUGGCUUUCCAUCAUUUGAAGUGUAUGGAGCUUGAUGGGUUGAUAGAGUUGAAAUGUUUCAGCUCGGGUGGAUGCGCUUUAAUAUUCCCUAUCUUGGAAGAUGUCAUUGUGAAUGGAUGUCCCAAUAUGAAGUUCUUCUCCGAGGGGCCAAUAGAGGCACCAAAGCUGGAGAGAGUAAAAGUAGAUAGGGCGGGAUUUUGGAAGGAAAACCUCAACAUGACCAUCCAAUAUAUGUUUAAAGAAAUGGCUACGGUUGCUAAGGCUGAGUUUGUGCGGCUGUUUGAGUUCCCUGAUCUCGUUGGAAAGUGGGACAACGAACAUAAUCCCGUCAAUUCAUCUUGGCAAUUAGAAACCCCGGUGGUGGAUAAGUGUCCAUCAUUUAUUAACGCUGUGCCAUCCAAAUUGAUGCUUGUUUUAGAGGAAAUGACGAGCUUGCAUGUGCGUGAUUGCAAGUCUUUGGAACAAAUAUUCGAUCUUCAAGGGCUUGAGGCUAUGGAAAGCACUCGGGUGCUACCUCGCUUAAAGAAUUUGAACUUCAUCAAUCUACCGAAGUUGAGGCAACUAUGGAACAAAGAUCUUCAAGGAACGAUGCGCUUCGAUGCUCUAUUUUCUCUGACUCUUUAUAAAUGCAGCAACUUGAGACAUGCUUUCACUCCAUCAAUGGCUUGGUGCCUUGCCAAUCUAUAUCAUAUGGAAAUAAAGGAGUGUGAUCGGAUGGAAGGAGUUAUCGAAGAGGAAGAAGGGCGAGGAAGCACAGUGGAGAAGAUUUCAUUCCCGAGGCUCGGUCGGAUGACACCGAAAUGGUUGCCCAAUUUGACUAGUUUCCUAUUGGGAAAGAAUCAUGUGCUGGAUUGUCCCAAAAUAGAAUAUCCGAGGAUUGCCCACUGCUCCAAAAUGAGAAGUUUGACUUGGCAGUCUUCAUUGGAUAUUGACCAUAGCACGCCUUCACUUUUCACUGCACGGGUACAAUUUCCCGGGCUUGCGCGGAUGGCUCUCUCUCACAUGGACAAUUUAGGCAAAAUAUGGACCGACAAUCCUUUAGAAACUCUCACUUUUGACUCCCUUUGGGAAGUGAAAGUGAAAAACUGCAAGAGCCUUGAAAAUCUAUUUCCACAUUGGGUGGCUACAAGUCUAACCCAACUUGAGAAGCUUCGAAUGGAAUCUUGUAGGAUCGAGGAAAUAAUCGCUAAUGGAGAUGACAAUCCACACUCCAACAUUGCUCAAGUUCUUUUUCCGAAACCGACCUCUUUGGUGUUACAUGAAAUGCCGGGACUCAAGACCUUCUGCCCUAACUUGCCCACUUUGAAUUGGCCAUUCUUGAAGAAAUUGCAAGUGACUCACCGUGAUAAAUGUUCAUGGACACAGGGAAAUGAUCAACGGGAUCUUUUAGACCAAGAAGCACACUCUUCGUUUGAGAGGGACUUUCCAAACUUAGAGAGACUUUUAUUAGUCCAUAAAGACAUUGAGAUGAUACAGGAUGGAAAAUAUCUUGAUGACAUCUUUGGCAAGCUUAAAGCGAUAACAUUGGCAUGCUUUCACGAGGAAAAUGCCGUCUUUCCUCCCAGAUUCGUCCUAGAGAGAUUUCUGAAUCUGGAAAGCCUCGAGGUCUUCUGCAGCUCCUUUGAAGAUAUAUUCCCUGACGAAGGAUUUGUUGACGAGGAAAGAAAUUCGGUGCUUGAAAGUUUAAGAGAACUUAAGUUGAGCAAGCUACACAAGCUAAAGCGUGUGUGGAGGGAAGACCGUUUAGUGUCCAAAAUUCUUCUGAGCAUCUACAGACUUGAGGUCCGGGAUUGUCCCGAUUUGACGGUACUAUUUCCAGCCGUGACAUCCUUCCGGAAUUUGAUGGAGUUGGUGGUGAAGAAUUCCUCCGGAUUGGUACAUCUAGGGACAGCUUCAGCGAUCGCAAGUUUGGUGCAUCUUGAGAAGAUGACUAUAAUAGGAUGUGAAAAAAUGAAAGAAGUAGUGGCAAAUGAUGAAAAUGGAGAAGGAAAAGUGAUUUCUUUUGAGAAGCUUAAUAUAUUGACACUCAAAAAUAUGCCAAGCCUAGAAUGCUUCUCCUCCACCACAAGUUGCAUCUUGAGGUUUUCAUCAUUCUUGUUCUGGAUUAAAGUGGAAGAGUGCCCCAAAAUGAAGAUCUUUUCUAAGGGUACGCUAAGCACGCCAUACCUAAAACGGGGGACACUGUUUGGAUACGAGUGGGAACGGAACUGGGAGGGGAUGGGUGAUCUGAAUAGAGCCAUACAAAAGUUGUCGUCAUAA